AAAAAGACACGCGGACAAACGCACUUGUUGAUUUGAGGCAGGACAGAGCUAAAUAGUAUUUCGCUACAGAAUAAGAAUACUUGGCACCGCACGAGGGGGGGAAGGAAAUCUGUUUUCCACUGCUGUGCAGGACUCACUUCCCUGCAGUGCAUACUUGAGCACAUGGACGCAGAAGUGCUUUGAAAUGACACCUCUUAUGGACUAGAGCAUGAUCUAUUUGUCUAAGAGAACACGAGGAAGUCAUGCCAAAGAAUCAGGUCUCUGGAAGAUGCGAGUAAAACCCAAAUUCCACAGUGUUGCUGUGCUACUGUCAACUCUCUGCACAGGAAUGAACGGAAUAUUGCUAUUCCAUUUGGGCCAGUUUGUGCAAUAAACGCAGCCAGGUCUCCAUAUACCAAAGCAUUGCCAGCGGCGACUGAUUUGCUGGGUCAAUCUCGCAGCGAUUGCAACCAGGUUUGCGUUUGCAACAGCUGCAUUUGCGCUCUGAGUUGGAGAAGCUGUCGCGCAUGGGACCUACCAGUGAGGCUCAGAGAUGUUCUCGUGGAAUAUGGACAGAAUGAUUGAUGUGGAAGCUCCAGAACGGUAAACGACCCGUGUGCGCAACGAUGCAGCGAAUUCUUCAGAGGAGACGGAUCCGCACACUCCGCUUGGUUUGGUCGCUCAUGGCCGUGCUCGCACUGUCCCUGGCCGUGUGCAGUGCCGUAUUUACAGUGUGGACAAUGCGACAAACGCGGGACCUGUCGAGGUCUUUUCAAACUCUGCAGGAGCGCUUGGAGCAGGUGAAUAUGCAGCGCAAGGCCAUCUUCCAGCUCAUCCUGGAAAAACGCGAACUGCUGGAGAGUCAGAGGUUCCGCAGAGAUGCGGGAGGGAGGAAAGGAAAUGGACGAAAAGUGGCCUCUCAUUUUGAGAUAACCAACGAUUCCUUCCAAAAAGUGGGGAAUGAGGGAGUCAUUAAAGGAUGGACUGAGGAGCAGCUGAAUAUGAGCAGGGCAGUGCAUUAUAAUCCAGAGACUGGCACCUUCAAAGUGGAGCGCAGCGGCGUCUACUUCCUGUACUGUCAAGUACACUUCAACGAGAACCAGAGUCAGUACGUGAAGCUGGAGGUGUCCGUUCCUAAAGGCCCUUUGCUCCAGUGCAUCGAGGGGUACGGAACCACUCCGGCGUCUGGCUCCCACAGGUUUCACUUCCUAAAGCCUUGCCAGGUCUCCGGCCUCCUACGCCUUAACAAGGGCGCCGAGCUGAAGGCCAUCACCGGAGGUUCGUUCAGUCUGCAAAUGUCGGGCAAACACUACUUCGGCCUCUUCAAAGUCAACUAGAGGCACAGACGGUUUUCCAGACACCUCAGCUGUACGGACAAAAUAGUUUUAUAGUUUUCCACAGAUCACUGGCCCAAAAGUACCUAACCUAAACCUGUCUCUUUGAACCUGGCGUUGCCUUAAAAGAGGAAACUCUGACUCAGCGAGGAACGUUUCUAUAACCAGCUGCCCAUGGUCACGGAUGACCCCUUUAUGAACGCAAGUGCCCUUCCAUGAAGAUGUCAUCGGGAUGUUAAUGACUGCACGACUUGCCUUGCUGGACCAAUUUAUGGGGAAUCAUUUGGUACUCUGUCGGUUUGGCUGCAAAUGCCUUAUUAAACGCAAACCAGCACAAUUUCUACUAUAUAAAUAUAACAUUUAAUUACAGCAUACCAGAGACAUUGCUCCAGCAGCGUGGUUGGCUUAUAUACUGGCAUAACCAGUUUGACCAGAAGGACGAUGAAUUUUCAGCAGCGUUGCAGGCCACUACAAGCAUGAGAGGUUUCACCACUGGUUACUUGGCUGGACCAAAACAGAGUUGCCCUAGUUCCUGAACUGCCUCACCACUGGAUGGGUUCAGCGCAGAAAAAUGAAGGUUUCGGUUGGUUGUUAUGAAAACUCAGAGAGACCAAAUAUGCGUCAAAAAAUACAAGAAACUUUACUUUUGUACACGUUUCUUUCCAAAUACACUGUCACUGUGACAUAUGAAACAUAUAGUAAUAUUUAUCGAUGAAAAGGCAGUGGCUUCUUAAAGCAGAUGAUACAUCUUGUGUACUGUACUGUCUAACUGAAAGUGGACUAUGUGUACUAUACAGCAUGACGGUUGAUGGCACAGACCUUUAAAAAUGCCACAGUAUGCCUUUAGUUUUUAUAUAAUGUGCAAUUUCAUGUUAUAUUUUUUUAAAAGGUAAAGUUACAGAUUUUUACACCAUCGUAAUGUCAUUUAAUCUCACUCAUUAGAAAUGUAUGAAACCACUGGUGACUCGAAUCUGUCAUUGUCUACCUGACCUAGCUCUCCUGAAGCCUUUUCGUAAAUCUUGUCAAUACUGUCAAUUAAAUCUGAAUUGGAAAUCACA